AACGGGCAGUGCGAUCUUGGCCUGGCGGAGCCUCACGGACAGGACAAGAUGACACGGCUCGUGCGUUUGCAAAUCCAAUGGGUUUGUCACCGGCAGUCCACGUAGAAGCAGUCACGAGAAUAACCAAGCAACUCUUUCUUCUGUCAUCUUUCAUAAAGCGAGAGGAACUCCAUAGAAUUCCCACUUUGCGCUGAUGCAAUCCUCAGUAUCUCCUUGCUCAUACCCCAUUUUUAUCCUGCUCCUCAUCCUCGCCGAUCUCAAAGUGUCAACCAAUUUGCCCUCUCCCCCUUUCCACCAUGUAGUUUUAUCUCAAAUUGCCGUCUUUCAUCUGAUCUCUGUUUCCAUGUUGCGGAAUGAAAAGAUUGUAGAGAAAAAAAAGAAAUAUUUUCCUCUUUCUUCUUUCAUUUUUGGGGGAAGGGCUAGCAAGUCCGACAACAACCUCACUCCCACUUGUGCAGCUGUACUUCAGGAUCGACUGCAGGUUUCACGCGAGGAACUAGCGGAGAUGGAAGAACCAGCCUUGGUCACUACGUCCUUCGCCAUGGGCUCCGGCGAAAGAGGAUAUAAUCGGAAAUAAAACAACAGUUGCAGGAGGCAUACUCAAGCAAUGCAGUGUUGCUUUUUCCUGUGGCUUCCACUGAUGGGUGAAAGUGUGUGUCCAAAAGGCAAUGCAUGAAAUCAGACAAAACCAGUCUUAAGCAGGAUUGAAAUGGACAAAGCUUAGGUAAAGCUUUCUAUGUGACAAAUGAGAGUGGAUUGCGUGGAGCUGAAGGCAGUCACUGGUGCUGUUUCCUCGUGACUAUAGCCCACAGUGCUUUCUGUUUCUGUUCACUGCACGCUCCUCCAUUCCAUCGUACGUGCCCACUGUGGCUCAGAUAAUGGCCCCUCGCUCUGCACUCACAGGAGAGAGAGAGAGAGAGAGAGCAGAGGAGAUGGAGGUAAAAGCUGCAUGAGAGGAAGGGGAGUAGAGUGAGGGCAAGAGAGAGAGGAGAGGUAGGGGGGAGGGUGUUGACUGAGAAGCCGACUGCAUGUGCAGCCGAGAGAAAGAAAGAGGAUAUUGAAAAAGGGAAGGGAGGAGCAGACAGAGAUAAUGAGAAAAGAAGAGGGAGAGAACGGAAAGUGGCAGCCAUAAGGGGAAGCGAAGAGAAUGACGAAGGCAUGCGCCGUGUUAGGGGGAGGUGUGUGUGGUUGGCCGUGUGUGAAUGCACGCAUGUGGAUUUUGCUGCUCACGCUGUCUGACUGGAUAAAAUAAGGCGGAAUACAACAUAACACUUUCCGAUUGCCUGUGUGCUCUUUUGACACUUCAACAUUGCUCAUGCUCCUCUCCGCCGGCUCCUCUGCUUUCCGCUCUCCAUCCAGUAUCUCUGUCUGGACAUCUAGCACCACACUGUUCACGAAGUCACUUCAUUGGAUGGCCCCAGAGGUGGAGACCAGAUGGAAAUUGGGUCACAUGACUGCCUCCAGGAAGGCGUGCUGAGCCUGGACCUGUCCAAUAGGGUGAAUUGUUACCCCAAUGAUGAUGAGGCAGCUACAGAAACAGAGCAGAAGAGAGCAGCAGGUGUACCUCCAAGGCAGUGUUGGGUGCCAACACAUGGUAAAGAGCAACAGCAACCAUUGUUGAAACAUAACAGCGGUGCAAACCCAAGUGAACCUGUCCACCAUGUGGAUAUGGAGGAUGCUCACAAUCUGGUCACUUUUUCUGCUACUGCCGGUACCUUACCUCCUUCCUCCAUCUCUUCCUGCAUCCAAGUGCAGCCUGACACAAUGCAGCUGUAUGAGAAGUUCACCCGGGAAAUGGGUGCUGGUAGGGCUCGGGUCGGACACUCUGCAGUGGCUCCUGACACAAGUCACCAACCUGCAGAAGACAUGAAAACCCUGCAGACAGCACUGAACCAUGCAAAGCAUGGUCACAAGCCUCCUAACUGCGACUGUGAUGGGCCUGAUUGUCCAGACUACCUUGAGUGGCUGGAGAAAAAAAUUAAGUUGGCAACCAGUGAGAACCAAGAUACCAGCAAGACGACUGAUUGCCCACAUUUAGAGCCUAACAUUCAGCAAUCGCAUCUGCAGAAUCAGCCCUAUCUCCUAGUAAACGGGGGCCACCACCACCUGACUUCUUCGUACCCCCAGCAACAACAACGAACAAAAGCUUCUCAUCCUGGUCAAGUACCCUGCUCGAAACUUCCUCCCAUUCCCUGCUCUCCCCAGGUGCUCUCUAUAGCCAAGGAAAGGAACGUCAGUCUUCAAACAGCUAUUGCCAUAGAAGCCCUUACACAGUUAUCUGGGACUGGCACUCAAGGUCCUGGUCCUCCAAGCCAAGCCCUCCUUAAUAAUAACCUCCACCAACAAACCCAAAACCUCUCAUCGCCACUUCCAAAUUGCACUAACAUGAUUCCAUCCACUGCAGUCACUUGUCCAUUGUCACGUUCUCAGUCCGUCCCUCCAGGAUUACUCACUGACCAGCAGGCAGCAGUGUCCUGUGAGCACCACAGGCCCCAUUCACAGGGCCAGCCCCCCCAUGCUUCUACCUCUCCCUUCCUAGGCCGGGGAAAUCCUCAAAAUUUUGGCCGGAGUCCCCAGCGGUGGCUGCAGGGCACAUGCGGAGGGUCUGAAGAGCACCUGUCCCACUAUGCUGGUGCACCUCACAGUAGGUCAGACCCAGUGUCAGAACUCAAACAGCUGUUAGGUGCCACCAGUGGAAAGUUGAUAAAUGCAUCUUUCAAGCUUCCAUCCACACAGCAGCACAGCGAAAAUGGAGGCGUGCAGGCACAGGGCCAGCCAUCUUUGCCCAGGAUAAAGCAAGAGGCAGACUUGAGUGAUCAUUCUUUCACCAUGGGACAUUACAAUAUGGAUAAUGGUCAGUUGCAGGCUCGCCACUACCCUGGUACUUCCACAUCUCCUGGUCAAGCAGCCAUUAGAAACUCAACUCAGGCAGCUCUGCAACAGCACCUUCACUACAAGAGGAACCUAUUCUCUAAUCAUUCCCCUGGCUUUGGCGCACCAGGCCCUGUGGCAUAUCAAAACGUAAAAAAAUGGUGGCCACAGAUGGAAGCCAAUGGUUUCAAUCAUCUGAGCAUAAAACAAGAGCUCAAGGAACCCAAGAGGAAAAAAAUCAGCCAAGGAUCUCCUGUCAUCAAAGUUAUGAGUGGGAUGUUCCCAGGCCCUCUCCUUCCUAAACCCAAACAGAUUAUAAUCAAGAAGAGCAAGCAAAAAGCCUCUGUGCCAACUUUCCUGCCCAAGAGUCAGAUAACUGUGGAAAAAACAUCAGUACAUAUGACAGGCCGAGCCAACACCCUGAAUAACCUACAGCCAGGUUCACUGCCCCUUUUGCCCUCCCACAGCAAUUCCACUCAGGCGACUGUUGCAGGCCUCCCUGCCCCAGCCCAAUCUCAGGUAUCAAUUUCCAACCUCUCAAUGGCUCCCUCUUCCACUACUUCUGCUUUGUCAUCGAACAAUCCCACCCUCAUUGGCUUUGUGCCUCCACCAAUGGCCCAUGCACACCAUGCUAAGUCAGAGGAAGUGGGUAAUUUAUUCAAUAGUAAUGCUAGCACUGCCUCAGCUCUGACCUCCACAUUGUUACCAAACACCUCACAUUUACCAGGUCUCAUAAACAUAAACCCUAAAUAUGAAGAACUGAUCCUGCAGUUUGAAGCAGAAUUUGGGGACUCGGCUGCAGACAUACCUUCCAUCGAGGCCAUGUCUGAGACAGCUACAGCUUCUCAGAUCAUGAAUCAGUCCUUGACCGGUGCCCAGGAUCUUACAUUAUCAUCUACCACCCAGAAUCAAUUAUCAUUCAGUCACAUUUCUGAGUCCAGCUCCACACCUCAUACAAACAAAAAGGAAAUGGAUGACAAAAAAAAUGAGUCUGAAACCCAAAGUGAAGUUACCUCAAACGAAGCGUCCACGGUGACCCCAAUGCUGGAGCAGCAGGAGCCCCAGUCCACCAUCUCCCAACAUCAGGAGUCCCCACUUGAUGAGCAUCCACAACAUAGUCAGAUACAGGAAACGUUCAACAUACCAUGUUCUCCCAUGCCUAAACGAAUGAAAAUUGAAACCACAGGUGAUAUAACUGUUCUUUCCACCAAUUGCUACUCUGAGGAGGACACACCCACUAAGGAUGGCCUGCCCCGCUCUCCAUCUUUGAAAGGGUUCUUAGAGUCCCCCCUAAACUAUUUAGACACCCCUACAAGGAGCUUGUUGGAUACACCUUCUAAAGAUCUACAAGCAGAAUUCCCCACCUGCACCUGUGUUGAACAAGUCCUGGAGAAAGAUGAAGGGCCUUACUACAAUCACUUGGGAUCUGGACCUACCGUGGCUUCCAUAAGAGACCUAAUGGAGACACGGUAUGGGGAGAAAGGAGAUGCCAUCCGGAUAGAAAAAGUGGUCUACACAGGCAGAGAGGGGAAAAGCUCAAGAGGGUGCCCAAUCGCUAAAUGGGUGAUUCGACGUGGGAGUGAGAAAGAAAAGCUCUUGUGUCUGGUGCGUCACCGUGCAGGCCACCAUUGUGGCAAUGCAGUCAUCAUCAUUCUAAUCAUGGCAUGGGAAGGUGUCCCAAGGUCUAUGGCUGACACAUUGUACCGUGAGAUCAGCGACACCCUCACCAAAUUUGGCAACCCUACCAGUAGACGCUGUGGCCUCAAUGAUGAUCGUACAUGUGCGUGUCAAGGCAAGGACCCUGACACUUGUGGCGCAUCCUUUUCCUUUGGCUGUUCUUGGAGUAUGUACUUUAAUGGUUGUAAAUACGCCCGAAGCAAAACACCGCGCAAGUUCCGGCUACAAGGAGAGCGCCCUGAAGAGGAGGACAAACUCAGGGAUCAGUUCCAGAAUCUGGCCACCGAAGUGGCUCCAUUGUACAGGAAGUUGGCUCCUCAGGCCUACAGUAACCAGUGUCAAUCAGAGACAAAGGCUUCAGACUGCAGGCUGGGUUUGAAGGCGGGCAGACCAUUCGCUGGAGUCACCGCUUGCCUGGACUUUUGUGCCCACGCCCAUAAGGACCAGCACAACCUUUACAAUGGUUGCACAGUGGUGUGCACUUUGACCAAGGAGGACAACCGCAUGGUGGGGGAGAUUCCUCAGGAUGAACAGCUCCAUGUGUUGCCCCUCUACAAAGUCUCCACCACUGACGAAUUCGGCAGCGAGGAGGGCCAGCGCCUCAAAAUGAAGACGGGAGCCAUUCAGGUGCUUCAGGCUUUCCGCCGAGAAGUACGCAGGUUGCCCGAACCGGCCAAGUCGUGUCGACAGCGCCGCUUGGACGCCAAGAAAGCUGCAUCAGAGAAGAAGAAGAGUAAACUCCAGCAGCAGGCAGCAGAAACACCAGAGAAGAAGACAGUGGUCAAGGCUGAAGUAUGUUUCAGUGAGUCUCCUCAACAUCCAGGCAAUAAGGCAAUCACAAAACAAGAGGUUAAGCCCAACAUUAAAAAGGAGCCAUUCAACGGAUCAAUGGAUGCAUACUCUUUGCAAGCAGCAGAUGCAAUCAAGACCAUGUGCCCACAUCCUGCCUACUAUGCAAGGGGAGGCCUCCCCACAACUGGCCAGCCCUCUGCAGGAGACCCAGUAAAUGGCUAUAACCAGAAUCUGCCAGCAUCGCACUAUGGCUUCUACAACUACCCCUCCAAUGCACUUUUUGCGCCCAAGAUGAGGACCUACGAGGGUCGCAGCAGCUCUUUGUCCAAAGCAGGCAGAAUGGCUUUCCAGUUAGACAAUAAGCCUGAUAUUCACAGCUUUAAGGCUAGACUAGCUCAUUCCUAUCCCGGCCAUCCAGCGCAACCAACCCAAAAUAAUAGCCAGUCUUCAGACUACAACCAGUCACGUCCUUCUUCAGUCCCCUCUGAGGCCUCCAAUAUAGGCACCCCAGUCAUCAAGCAGGAGCCAAUGGAUAUGCCAGUCUGUGAGGACACAGGGCUGAGUCAACCCGGUGCCACCCAACCGACUAACUGGCCAGGAAAUAGGUCCAAUGGAAGUCUCGUUCCUACAAACUGGGAUCAUCAAAAUCCAAAACAACACCCUGAAGACUCCUUUUCUAACGCAGAAAAGCAGAUGCUCCACCAGCAUUUGCAGCAGCAACCCUCUCCUUACCCCCAACCGUGGACCUCCUUCCCUGCCUCAAAUACUCUGAUGGAAUCCACUGCUGCAUCACCAGUCCCCCAUGUACCUCCCUCCUCCUCUCCUCAUUUAGGCACCCUGCGUAACAUACACCAAGGAUCUCCACGUCCAUCCACCCCACGCCCAAGCACCCCUCAUCCGGGUACACCGCAGCCAGGUAUCACUCACCCAUUCUUAAUUCCACACCCUGGCAAUUCUCAUUCCCCCUCACAUAUACCGCAGCCUGCCACUCCCAGGCAGUGGGCCAGCCCUGCGCCAAGUCCCGAGCCAAAGUCUUGGGCUACGGGGCACGGUGCAUAUAGCCCUGGUUUGAAGCACAGCAAUCCUGCCGGUGCCUACCCAGACAAGAUGUGGUCCAAAACGGGUGAAAGUCGCUGUUCCACUCCCCUUGGGGUUCAAGAGAAAGCCUGGAAGUCCUGUGGAGGCUCAGUCGCAGGCAGUACACCAUCCCCUGCCCCUGAGGGACGCCUCUUCCCUGACGCCCUGCAGCAGUCAGAUCAGCCUUGCUGGGACCCCAGUCGAGCGGAGAGUGACGCUGAGAGCACCAAGGGCCAGGAGGAAGAUGACGACGAGGUGUGGUCUGAUAGUGAGCACAAUUUCCUCGAUCCCAACAUUGGGGGAGUAGCGGUAGCACCAGCCCACGGGUCCAUCCUAAUUGAAUGUGCCCGUCGGGAACUACAUGCUACCACUCCGCUCAAAAAGCCUGAUCGCUCCCACCCCUCUCGCAUCUCUCUGGUAUUCUAUCAGCACAAAAACCUCCAGCAACCCAUCCACGGUUUGGCUCUGUGGGAGGCCAAAAUGAAGAUGCUCGAAGAGCGGGCGCUCCAGAGGCAGCAGGAAGCAGCUCUCCUGGGCCUCUCCCAGGAGGAAAUCAAGGCGCUUAGCAAGAAACGCAAAUGGGGGGCCACGGCGGCAGGGGCCACGUCAGGUGCUGGACAAUCGAAAGACAAGAGGGAGGGGCCAGUGACACGGUUAGCUCCCACUUUCCACACCACCUCAAUGGUUAAUGUGUCUCCCUAUGCCUUCACGCAGCUCACUGGGCCUUACAGCCACUUUGUGUGACGUCAGCCACCAACAGCUAGCGGGUGGGGCAAAUGUGGAGCCAGAUAGAGGGAUGAGCAAGAUGAAUGUCUCGAGCAUGUCACACAGUCUGCCAUCUCUCCAUCUUCCCCCUCUGCAGUCCACACUCAGAAGUGGGGACAUUUUUAUGGUUGUUUUUUUACCUCAUGUCAGGCAGUUUUGGGGCUUUCGACAAGCUGCCUGUGGUGCUCUUCCUCUCCCUUCCCUUGGGAGGAACUCCAUUGCUUUUUCUUGUUUAUAGAAUUUGAAUGAUUCUAAAUAUUGCUAUUAUUAUCCAUAUUAUUAUAAUUGCAAUUGUUACUGUCAAUGUUGUUAUUGCAGGUAUUGUAAUAUGAAGAAUUGUUGUUUUUUUUUUUAUCAUGGUUGUUUUCAAUAAUGUUAUUAUUAAUGACGUGAUUUGUUUUUUGUUCGAUAUAUUUUUAAGCAAGUCUGAAUCGGUCAGACUUUCUUUUUCCAUGUUUGGAAAACCUAUUGUCUUUUCUUUGUCAAUCUUCCAGCUGUAUUAAAAGGAGGAGCCACUAUCUGCCUGACAAGAGAUCAGUCUCUUUCGUACAAGUUAGUGGACUGGAUAACUCAUGAUCAUGACGAAGGUUUCAAGUUCACUUUGAGCUCGUCAAAAUUGUGAGAAAUAUGUUUUAAGUCUGGAAUUUUCAAUUGACCAAUUUCACAGUUGUGCGAUGAAACAUAUUUUUGCAUUAUUUGUGACUGCUAUGUUUCUCCUCACAUUGUGAACAGAAUUUUCCCAGUCGCACAGCUUUGAGAAACACCAAAACAAUAUCUUAAUUUUCAUUGAGACUGACACAAAAAUGGUUUGGGUUUUUUCUCCAGGUACUCCCGUUCCCCCCUCAUCCCAAAAAACAUGCCUCUUAGGUUGGUUAUGUAUUGGAAAAGUAAUGUUUCUGGAGAAAUGAAGUAGUUGUGUCCUUGCGAUGAAAGCAAUUGGCAUUUUGCAAAAAGAAGGAAGGUAAAGAACACAUCUGCAAUAAGAGCAGAUCUCUUGUCAUUCCUUAAUGUGCUCCUCCUCCUGUUCUACACCCCAGCAGCUUAUGACUGGUGCUCAACUUCCAGCUCUGAGGGAUUUUCAUUCACCUACUGUAUGCUCUUCAUGGCACUUGAUGCUCUACUUCGGUGCUCUAACUAAAAUCGAGGUCCUGUGGUUUGAGAGAAAAUGUUUUCUAGCUCAUCUACUACACCACCACAAGUGUGUUUUUUGUGUGUGUGCUUGUCUUGUUUGCAAAUUCCACCUGAUCCCAGAUCUGCAACUAUUGCAUCAAAGAGGAUCUCGUUAACUUCCUCAGUAAGGAGUGAACACUUUGAAGUGUAAACUCUAGAGGGCAGACUUGACUGCCUUUUCAAAGUGGCACGUUCAGACAGCAGACACUUACUAGCACUUACAGUGAGUUUCAUUCAGAAGCCAGUUUAGCCUUGCCUUGCUGCAUCAACCCUCCAGGGCCAGGCCGGCAGAGGGGUCGCUGAGCUCUGACAGGUUUACCAAAGGCAGUGGUGAUCUUUGUCCAAAUGAAGCUCAAAUGUGAAACUAUUCUGGAAAGAACCUGGGUUAGAACAUAAGUGAUAGGAGUACUUUUAGUGAUCCAUACAUACACUCUGGUGCUCUCCUUCUACACUUGAUUUACUGUGAAGGCCCAUCCUCUCCUCUGCAUGGUGCUGUCAUCUUCAAGCAGAGCACGAGGGGUCCUUCUGCAGGCACCUCGUAAACAGAUUGUUUGUUUCCCAUUUGUUGAUGGAACAAGCUUAGAUUUAAUGGUGCAGCUUCUGGGAGUUGGUACCGAAUGCAACGAGUCAAUCAAUCUCUCACUUUGCAUGUGUGUUUGUGUAAAAGAGCCAAAGAGUGAGACAUGUGGAUGAUUUGCUUAUUUUGAUUUCAUCCCCAUGAACCAUGCAUUCAGGAGUGGAUGCAUGGUUUUGUCACAAAAAGGGAGGGGGUGUAAGUAAAAACGAGUGAAUAAUUUGGAUUGCAUGCAGGCUGACUCCCGGUUGCUGGGCAGUUUUUAGGGUCACGACACUUUUCAUCUGUGAAAAGACCUCGUUAGUCUCCAGCGCUCUACCUCAUGCCGUAGAGACACUGGUCACAAUCACAACUUGCUACUGAGGGCAGAGAAUCAUGCAUGUACCUUUGUGAACUCGAGAUCUCCACAAUCACUUUAUCCUUUUUUUUGGUUGUUGUUUUAGUUUUAUUUAUUAAUGGUGAUGAUAAUGAUUGUCCUUGGGUUCUUUUUUUUCCUUUUCAUUUUUAUAUAGCUAAUACAAAUUGUACAUAGAAAAGAACAGAUUUUUAAAAGCACUUUUAAACUUGAUUUUAAUGACAAAAAAAAAGCUGAUUAUUGACAACUUGAAAGUUAGUUUUUUUUAAUUUUCUGAAGAGAUAGAUACAUAUGUAAAUAGUAAAAUAUUUAGGUAAAACUAUUUAACUGGUGAGGAUAGUAUGUAAAUCCUAAAAGUGUAGGGGGUAUUUUGACAACAGUACGCUUGGUCUCCGUGUUUUGUGUGUACAUGUACACUUCGUAACACAUUUGUUCUACUCUCACAAGUACUGUAACUGUAUCCUAAAGUCCGCAUGUAACUGGUUAAAGAACGUUACUCGCGAAACACAAGCUAAAACGUCCAAUUUAGAACACUUAAAUGCAUACAAAACUGGAGAAUAGCAAGUUUUUACUACAAACCUGAAACCUGCAAAACAAGUAUGAUCUCAAGUCAUUUAGCUUGCCCUAAAAGUGGAAAAUAGUUUUGCACCAAAGGUACCAAGACUCACCUCCUGAAGCUGACUUGUAUGCAAAUGUUCUGUGUUAUUGUUAUUAUUAUUAUUAUUAUUCCAGAAUCCAAACAAAAACUAUCUGAUGUUUAAACUAGCAAACAAGACUAUAAGCCUUAGCUAGUGAGCUUUAGAGUUGCUGGUAGGUCAGGUUUGUUACCUUAAACCACACUGAGGCUGCUUUUUCAUGCUUAGGUUCAGUCGUUACAAUGCAAUCGCAGUUAAGUGACUGAUGGAGGGAUGAAAAGCGUUAUCAACCUGCAGGCAAGUCAACAUAUCCAAAAGGAGCGCUUUAAGAAACACACUGGUAUCUGCAGAUGCAGGCUCAAGCUACGUCAUGGGGGGUGUUCACUGCUCGUUUGAUUUGACCCAUCAUUAUUAUUGUCUAUAGUUCUCAACUUAAAUAUGCACCCUGCAGAAUAUCUUUGUUAGAAACCUUUUCUUGUAGAAAUUCCUUAUUCAUCAAACACCUGGUCUGCAAUUAUUUUUACUUUUCAACCACUAUGAACAGCCCGCGUCACAUACUUGGAUACAAACGGUGCAUACAGCGAACGUUUUGAAAUACAUGAAAAGUUUGCUUGUUCUCUGGGAGUUGGUGCUAUAACACAAAACCUUCAAGUCACUGUGCAAAUUAUUUGGUUUACCACAGCUGUUUUUCUGAAAAUGUCAAGAGAAUUCUACAUUUGAUCAGAGUUUUUGGAAGAUCACAAACUGCCAUGGCGCUUAGUAUUUUAUUACAAUGCUGCACAUCCUUUUGUACGUUGCAACUCUGAUGAGGAUAAGUGGUAUAGGAAAUGAAUAGAUGGACAUCCCGUUUUAUUACACUCGACCUGUCAUUUGCAUUCUUUAUUAGUCUUCAUUCCACAUACUGUACUUGAACUCCUGUAAUCUUAGACGAUAAGUAACUCUGUAUUAUGUGAAGACUGUUAUCUGGAUUUUAUGUUUGGUACAUCACAUGGAAAUGACCCUUUUAGGAUGUUGUUGUAAAUGUUACUGUGCAGAGUGCUGAGAUAUUUGAACAAGAAGAAUAGAAAAUGUGUACUGCCUCUUUUAUCUUCUUAAUUCUACUUGUUUGUGUAUUUCGCCUUUUGUGGACACGCACAUAGUUAGACUUUUUUCAUCACACUGUGCAUGGCCUACUUUUUUAUAAGUCCAUUAAACACCUAAUUGAAUGAAACUCAAAAUUUGGGAAAAGCAACCCUGAAUAAUACAAAUGAAGAGGAAAAAAAAAUCUACCUACAUAACUGGCAGCUACAUUACUUUUCCAGUUUUCUUGUUUAAUUUUCCAUGUCAAGGAUGCAGUAUGUAAAAAGUGGUUUUGUUCUCUCUUUGUAGCUGUAUGGUGUAUUAUGUGAAUACAUAGUGUAUUUGGUAAAAUACCACAAUAUUGUUUUAUGUUGGGCUAUAAAUAAAACAUUGAAGUGAGA